CUGUACAGGAAUAUUACUCUAACUGUUAUGAUUUUUUCGAACCACAAAGCUGACUGUUGAACUUGGCUUCUUAAGUGAAAAAGGAAAUUAAGGAAAAAAAUUAAUAUCAACAGCAAGGUUAUUAUUUUGGAUUUAAUUGGUAGAACUUGCAAUUCUUGGUUUACUCAGCACUCCUGCAGUAUUCGUCGAGAAAUCUAAUAGUGUUUGUCCACCGUCCACUUGGUAAAAUAACUUAGCAGUUAAGGUGAAUCACUCGCUACCAAAUCAAAGGUUCACCAUAUCUCCCGUCUUUGGAUACGGUCAAUGCUUUCGACGUAUUGAAGAAAAUGCCCGAAUGGCACCUUUCGGAGGAUAAGAAUGUGAACGAAGCGGUUUCGGAGCAUGACGAAAGUAAUUCCCAACAGGCAUUCAGAAAGUCAGGAAACCGUUUGGAAGAAAUACAAACUUUUUCUGUCUUUACAGAAGAACUCGAAGUUGUCGAUGAACUAGACGACCCAGUUGAUGUCUGGUAUCGCUGCGUGGAAUGGCUAGAGUCGACGCAAUAUUUGAAAGAAAACACUUUACCAAAAGUUUUGGAUGAUGCUCUUACUUAUUUGGAAAAAUGUAAGUUUGCUCAAAACGACGUCCGACAUUUACGUAUUUGGCUUGUGAAAAUACAUCAAUUAUGCGAUUCACCGGAAAUGUUCACUGAAGCUACUCAUGAAUUUUAUAAUUUAGCAAGAAAAAAGAUCGGAAUAGAGCUAUCUUUAUUCUACGAGGAAUAUGCUUCAUUGUUAGUUCGCAUGGGGCGAUGGAAAGAAGCUUCAGAAGUACUGCAGACUGGCGUGUCGCGAGAGGCUCGUCCUUUGUCCAGGCUUCUUCGACGUUCUUCAGAGUUUUCAAGGGUCUAUAAUGCUUACUUAGAAAAGCUAUCGAAUGAAAAUAUAUCCUUGGAAUCAAUAGCUUACGAAGCUCCAUUUCCUCCACCAAGGACGAUACUCGGAACCAAAUCCAGUACUGUUACAACACCCGUUUCUGAGCGACCAUCUGUUCAGAAAAACGAUGUUCCUCAUUCCACUAAACCGUUUCAAAUAUAUUCUGACGCUCCUGCCCCUUCCUCUGAACGUAAUAUUACUAGUGCAUCAGCGGAUCCACUUUCUAGUGUUAUAGAUAAACAGGAGCCUGAUCUUCCUAUGUUUUAUGAUGCUUCUUCUGGAAAACGGAUUGAGUAUGCUUCUUUUCACUUUCCUGUUUUAUAUGCAAAUGGUCAAGAGAAAUCAAUGGAAGAGUACAGAGCUGAACGAUAUUUUGAUUCAAUUUCCUCAUCAUUGCAAGCUCCCAACUUUCAACCAUAUGCUGCCCCUGUGGAACCUUCUCUAUCCGCUACUCAUCAACAGGCUCCGCAACCGACUCCUAAAAAGGAAGUGUUUGAUGUUUUGACACCUGUCGCACUUUCACCCAAACCCGCUUUUAAACCUCCUUCUCCUACCAUUCACACAAAAGCUGCUUUAGCAGAUAUAAUGGAUCUUUUUAACCAACCACUCCGUUCUGAAACUCAACAGACCCCGCCGAAGUCCCCCAAACCUAAUCAAUACUCUGACUUUGGUAGUCCAUCUAACAUGACAAAAACAAUAUCCUUUAAUGAGCCAUCUUCCAUAAAAGAAGAUGCAUUUAAGAAUGCAAAAUCUUCAUCACUAACUAGCCCCGCCGCUGGGAGCUCUUAUGAGAACGAAAAACAAAAAACCCAGAUACCCCAUUCGCAUCCAUCUGAUAUUCAGGCGUUUCCCACACUGUCGGUUGAUGCAUUUGAUAAUGAAGCCUCAGUUUCAGCGGUUUCAAAUAGCGCAAAACGGAGGCGAACAUUUUCGGAAUCCCCUCCGUCGAUACCUUAUAAAAGUCAUAACGAAUCUGUUCCUUACUUUGAGGAACGAACAGCGGAGCCGCUAAACGGAUAUUCAGCUAAUCCAGUUCCUUUCCCCUUCAAAGAAAACAACAACCUUCACGCAGUGAACCCAUUUCUGUAUGAUGAACCUCUCGCAAAAUAUAACGAGCAGGAUUUACUGGGCAUGAAUGAAUCUAUAAAGUAUCCCGUCCUGCCUUCUUUACCUACUGUUAUUCAUCCUCUGGAUCAACCUCUACGCGAAUGUUUGUUCCAUGCACUACGUCCCUAUUUAAAAUUUGAUGAAAACUAUCAUGAGAUCGAUGGUAAUUUUACUAGUCUAGAAGCUAUCGAAUCUUUUGUUCAUAAACCAAAAGCUACCACUAGUGGACGUGGCAGAAGACGAAGCAACAGCACUCGUCUUAGUUUAUUAAACAGCCCCACUUUUCCUUUACUUUAUCCUUCAAACGUAAAAAUCGGGAUCAUAAGUAAACUCGGGCAGGGAGCUUUUGCGCCUGUUUAUCUUGCUAAAGAGCUUCCCUCAGAGAGCGAGGUUUCGAAAAAAGAUGAGAAUGGUACUAUUGACUCGAAAUUAUAUGCAUUGAAAAUAGAGAGCCCUUCUUCUCCUAUUGAAUACUAUCUGACUCAGGAAGCUCGAAAAAGGAUGAGUGACAGCCGAGAUAUUGCUUCUAUACUUCCCGUUUACUAUUUGAGUAUAUACCGGAAUUCAAGUCAUUUGUUAAUGGAUUAUCGGCCACAAGGAUCUGUUUUGGACUUGGUAAACUCGUUACGAAACUCCUCUAGUUCUGUACCGGGGAUAGAUGAGAUGUUGGUAUUUUUUUUUUCGAUAGAAUUUUUGAGAAUCAUUGAAGGGUUGCAUUCUAAGCAGAUUAUUCACGGAGACUUAAAGGCUGAUAAUGCGUUGCUACGCUUAGAAGCUGUGAAUGAUUUAGAAUGGGAUGCUAGCUAUUCUCCUGAAGGAUAUUGCGGUUGGUCUUCGAAAGGAAUUUUCCUUAUAGAUUUUGGUAGGGGUCUUGAUAUGUCAUUGUUUAAACCAAACACAAAAUUCAUGGCAAACUGGGAAACGGACUUGCAAGAUUGUAUAGAAAUGCGUGAGGGCGAACCAUGGACGUAUCAAGUCGAUUACCACGGUUUAGCCGCUAUCAUUCACACAAUGCUUUUUGGACAAUACAUUGAGACAAAGCUUGACUAUUCCACUGGUAGGAGAAGACAGGUUUUGACUCAACGGAUGAAAAGGUAUUGGAACCAAGAACUUUGGAACCAGCUUUUUGAUAUUUUACUGAACCCUACAUUGCAAACAACCGAAGGUAGCCUUCCUAUUCCAAAUCAACUGAAGAAUAUACGGUUAGAAAUGGAGAAAUGGCUGGUUUACCAUUCCACAAAUGGGAUUGGGCUGAAAGGCAUGCUAAAAAAAAUUGAACAAAAGCUUGCAAGCUGAUAGAAAAAGGUUUCAAACAUUCUUCCCUGUAUUUGUAGUAGUUUUGUAAAGAAUAAUAAUUAUUACAUUUUUCUUUUGCAGCCAAUAA